CGGGCUGCCUUGAUAAGAGCUGCGGGACGGGGCGGCCCCGACCCCGCUCAGCACCGCCCCGCGCUCCGCCCAAUGCGGAAGGGACGCGGAGGCUUCACAUCCGCGUCCGGAACGACCAGCUCAGCGCUCGGGGGUUUUUCCUCUCCAGGCCGCCACCCCCCGGCCGUCGGUCCGUGAUGACAACAACCAUCGAGGACCUCCCCGAAGAUGUCCUGGUGGAGCUGCUGUCGCUGGUACCGGCCCGGGACCUGACCCACAGGUGCCGGGCUGUGUGCCGGCACUGGCGGUACGUGGUGGAUCUCAACACCCUCUGGAAACGCAAGUGCCAGCGGGAUGGGUUCUUCGUCCUGAGUGUGAACAGAAGCAUCUCCGACUGGAAGAUCUUCUAUCUGCUCUGCCACAUGAAGAGGAACUUGAUCAAAAACCCCUGUGCUGAAGAGGGCUUUCAGCACUGGACAAUUGAUAAAAACGGUGGAGAUGAAUGGAAGGUUGAAGAGCUGCCUGGAGACCAUGGAACAGCCAUGCCAGACCCCAAAGCACGGAAAUAUUUUGUCACUUCAUAUGAGCCCUGCUACAAGUCUCAGCUCAUCUGUCUGAAGGAAGAAGGAUACAGCAAUCAGCUGAUGGAUGAGAAACGGCCUGAAAUUGUAGUCAAGGACUGGUAUGCUGCCAGGUAUGACUGUGGCUGUCGCUACAAGCUGACUGUGAGGCUGCUCUCUGAGAAUUACCUGGUCCUGGAGGAGUUCCACCCCAAGCCUGUGCGGAUAGAGCAGUGGAGUGAUGCAAGGUGGAGAGAGAUGUCUCACACCUUCCAGAAUUACCCAGCUGGGGUCCGUUACAUCUUGUUUCAGCACGGAGGCCAAGACACCCAGUUCUGGGCAGGGUGGUAUGGGGUCAGGGUGACCAACAGCAGCAUCACCAUUGGGCCCUACACAUUGCUAUGAAGGCACAAGAGUGUUUGCUUUUACCUCAGGACUGCACUGAGGUGGUCUCAGGUUCACUUGUUUGUCUGCACUCCCUGGGUUCUUCUUGCAGAACUUCUGCAGGCCCAGCCCUUUGGGAGGACUUCUGUCUUGCAUCCUCUUGCACUAUGGAUGUUGCUGCAAUUCCCCAGGAAGAUAAGGACAAUUAAAUAUGUCACCUCUUUGCUAGUUAAUAUGUCCUUGUGCUAUAGCCAAAUAUUAACUAGAAAAGCUUUUUUGUUUAUGGAACUUGUGAU